GCGCUGCGAGGGGGUCACCAUCCGCGACUCGGAUAUCGCCUUCGGCCCUUCGGGUCAGGCCCUGCUGUGCCGCCAUGGAGUGUGGUACCACCUCUGCCGCGACCCGCCCACGCCGUUGCCUGCUGACGAGGGCGAGGUGGCCGCGGCGGAGGACAUUCGCACGCUGGCGGUCGAGAGAUGCUGGACGAUGCCUGGCCAGUUGGGCCCCCGCACCGUGCAGUGGCUCGUCGAGGCCUUCGCCAACAGCGGCAUGGCCCCGGUGCCGCGACACCACUGGUGGAGGCAGGCGCUGGGGGCGACGUCCUCGGACCCAGGGAUCGACGAGUACCUCUUCCUUUCGGAGUGCAUCCAGCAGGGGCUGCAGUGCGACCAGCUCCACAUCUGCAACUUGGCCUGCUUUGAAAGCAUGUCCCGCCGCUAUCAGCUCUGGGAGGAGCGGUGCCAGGAGCGGAUCCGCGCCUCCACGGAGGGCUCGGUGGCGGCGGGGCUCGCGGCCGAGAGGCACCUGUUCCUCGGCGGCGACCGCGCCAAGGGCUACGCGCCCAUCUCGCCCGAGCUGGAGCGCUGGGUGGCGAAGCGCAUGGAGGAGCAGGCUGCCGUGCUCAAGGAGCGCCGCAAGGGCCGCGAGGAGCGUGCUCUGGCGGCGGCGGCCUCAGGCGGCGGCGGCGGCGGCGGCGGCGGCGCUGGCCCGACGAUCGGCGCCGACCACAAGAAGAAGCCCAAGGACAACAAGAAGAACAAAGACGGCCAGACUGGCACCCCGGGCGCAGGUCUUGCGGCAGAUCCCAGGGACCUGCUUCCGCUGCCAGAGCCCGCCUUGCCUGCGCCGCGUCAUGGGGAUGCGCUGGGCUCGGAGUGGCUCUCGGCAGGCUUGCAGACCUUCAAUGAGAUGGGAUGGCGCGGCGCUGUUCGGCGGGCUGGAGCAGCCUCUGGUCCCCAGGCCGACGCGCUGGAGCGGCUUUGCAGCUCCUGCGCCGCCGUGCCCAGCUGCCCGACGGACCUGGCCGCCGACUCGGCCACUCGCGCCGUGAUCGGCUCCGAUCCCGGCUAUGGAUUUGACGACAUGGCCAGCGGGAAGUACGCCACCUAUCAGCGCGGGAAGGUCUCACUUCCGCGCGUGGCCUCCGGCGCGGUGGAGCUAGCUGCUGCACUGCCGGCGGGGCCCCGCUCCUCGCUGAUGGGUGAGUCUGGCACCUUGCUGACGAGGGGCCCCGCAUCUUCCUCGUCGUUGGCGAAAUUGGCUUUCGACCGAAGGCUUGCAAGCAAUCCACGCACUUACGGGAAGUUUUUGGCUGAUCUGCUCGAGCGCGACAUGCUCGAGGUUGGCACUUCGUUCUCGCAGGUGGCGCCCUUCUUUGUCUACAAGAAGGACGGGGCCCUCAGGCUGAUCUUCGACUUCAUGGCCUCGAACACGGAGUUCGCUGAGCCCGACUACGUCCCCUUGGCAGCGGCGCAGGCCCUCGGCAGUAUCGAGCUGCAGGCGGGGGGGCGCCUCUUCGUGGCCCAGGGCGACGUCACGUGCUGCUUCUACCAGUUCUUGCUGCCAGUGCACCUGCGUGAGGCCUUUGGCCUGCCGCCCGUGCCCUGGGCCGCGCUGCCGCUCGCCGCUCGUCAGCUGGUUGGGGCGCGCCCGCCUGAUGGUAUGGUGCAUUUGCGCCUUAGAGUGGCGCCGAUGGGCUGGUCAUGGGCUGUCUACUUCAUACAGCAUGUCAUGAUGGAGAUCCUUCGCCCCUGCGCCCCGGCGGACCGCUGGCUGGCCCAGCACGUGCCGCGCGAGCCUGUCUGCCCCGGCUCGGGGGCCUCGUUGAUCUACAUCGACAACUUCGCGGCCCUUGGCACGAGCGCCUCGGAGGCGAACGCUCGCCUGGGGCACAUGCUGGGCGCCGUGGAGGCCGCUGGAGUGGACGCCUCGCCGGAGCCUGCCGGCGCGCCGCUGCUCGGGUUCGAGCUGGACUCGACUGGCACCCAGUGGCGGCCGACGGCGAGGAAGUUCUGGAAGGUCGCACUGGCCCUCCGCACUCUGGGCUGGGGGCGCCAGCGCCGCACGGGGCGGCAGAUCGCACGCGCCGUCGGCCACGCCUCGGCCAUCAUGCUGCUGCGGCCGGAGAUGCUGUCCAUCUUCUCGGCCGUGUACGUCUUCGCCGACCGCUACUUCGGGCAGCCGGCACGCGUGUGGGCCUCUGUGCGGCGCGAGCUCCGAGCUGCCUGGGCGCUGCUGCCGCUCGCCGUCGCCGACAUGAGCCUGCCCUGGGCGCCCGCUGUCGCCUCGGUUGACGCCUCGCUGCGCGGCUUCGGCGUCACCGAGAAGGUCUGGCACCCCGCCGAGGUGGGCCGCGUCGGCCGCGCCUCGGAGCGGGGGCGGUACCGAGGGGCGCUUCGCACCUCCCGCCGCCCGCGCUGCCUGGUCGAGGGGGGGGAGGCUGAGCCCUCGCUGCGCGACAUCGUCGACGCCUCGGACGAGCAGCUGCGUGCGCUGGGGCUGCGCUCCGCCUUCGAGGAGGUGCCGUCGGCCCUGGCACGCGGCGACGACUGGGGCGUGGUGGCAGCCCGCCGCUGGAGGCGCAAGGACAAGUUCCUGGCGCUCGAGGCGGAGGCAGCCCUCUGGCAGGUUCGGCGGCUGGCUCGAAGCCGUCAGAGCGCACAGAAGCGGCACUUAGUUUUGUCUGACUCAAUGGCCUGGGUCCUCACCUCGUGCAAGGGACGGAGUUCUUCGUGGUACCUGCUUCGGAGGUGCCGCGAGUUUUGCGCUAUGAGCUUGGCCCUCGGAGCACGUGUUUCUUUUCGGUGGAUUCCCUCGGAGUGGAACUCGGCGGGCGAGCCCAGCAGGCGCGGCUCCACGGGCCAGCGGGUGCUGCAGGGCUUCGCGAGCAGCUCGCGGCAGGGCGCUCCAGGCGGCAGGCCUUUGCGGGGCCGUUCGCCGCGGGGCUCCCCGGGCCCGAGCCCGCUGCUCUGUAGGGCGCUGGUGCCAGCGCGGAGCCAGAGGCCGAGCCGGGCCCCGUCGUCCCCGAGCCGGGUGCUGCGCCCUCGGGUGGCGCCAGAGCCGGAGGGCGGCGAGGCCAGCGGGAGGCCGCGGCUGGAGGGCAUCGCCCCGCCGCGCCGCCACGCCUGCCCGAGCGGCCGCCCCCGCCCGAGCGGUUGCGUCCCGAGCCUUCACGCAUCUCGGGGCGCACUUCCGCGGGAGGGGCGCGCCAGGCUGCGCGCGGCGUUCCCAUCCCAGCCCUCUCUGCAGCCCGCGCUGGCUCUGGGCCGGCUGCCCUGCCGCGCGCUGGCUGCUGCUGGCCCCCUGGGCUCGGGCCGCCGUCCUGCGCCGGGACGCCUGGUCCCCUGUCGCGGGGGGGCCGGCGCGGCGCGCCGGCAGCGCCGCGAGACGGCGCGGCGGCGCCCGGGCUCAGCGCUGCACUCAGCCGCCUGCAGCGCGGAGGAGGCGGAGGAGCUGGGGUUCCACAUCGGCUCCCUGGCCGCCGCGGCCGUGACGCCGGCGACGCAGGACAACUACUUGAACGCCUUGCGCAAGCUGCUGGCGUGGAUGCACGAGACCAAGGCCCCCCAGCGCUUCCCUGCGAGCGAGUGGGACCUGCUGCUGGAGCAGUACGUGGAGUUCCUGCACGACCGCGGGCUGCCAGAGGGGGAUGCCGCCAGCACGCUGGCUGCAGUGCGCUGGGCGCUGCCCGAGCUGCCCCGCCCGCUGCGCCGGGGCCUGCCACUGGCGACGGCUGCGGUCACAGGCUGGCGCCGGCUCGAGAAGCCGCUGUCGCGCCCGCCAGUCCCUCGGUCGCUGGCCAUACUGAUGGCCCUGCGGCUCUGUGCCGACAGCAAGGCGGACUGCGCCCUCUUCCUGCUGCUGACGUUCGAGACGUACAUGCGGCCGAGCGAGGCGCUCAGCCUCCUCGGCCUACAGCUGGUGCCGCCCGUGCCGGGCGAGAAGGGGGCGUGCCGCUUCUGGGCCAUCCUGAUCCGCGCGAGCGAGCUAGACGUGCUUGGCAAGACCGGCGAGUUCGACACCAGCGUCGCCCUGGACCUGCCGCGGCACCGCCUGCUGGAGCCUGCGCUGCGCCUGCUGAAGGCCAACAGGGGGGAGCGGGAGAGGCUCUUCACGUUCUGCUACACCGACCUCCUCCAGGUCUGGAACAGCUGUCUCAACAGCCUGGGCCUGGCGCAGCUGAAGGUGACGCCGUACUCCCUCCGGCACGGGGGGGCCUCGGAGGACGUGUCCUCCAUGUCGCGGGCUCUCCUCGACGUUCAGAAGAGGGGCGGGCGGCGCUCGCUCCAGAGCGUGCGGCGCUACGAGAAGCACGCCAGGCUGGGCUUGAUGAUGCGCCGCAUCCCCGCGCAGCUGCGCGAGGAGGCGCAGCGCCGCGAGCGCGAGCUGGCCCGGCUCUUGCUGCCGGCCUGCGUGCGGUACUUGCGCCGCAAGGGCUACGCCUGCAUCGCCUUCGACAAGCUGCAGGGGCCGCAGUUUGACCUUGGCCGUCGCGAGGUCGUGCUGACCAUCGCGGGCUGGAUGCGCGCGGGCCUGGUGUGGGCGCUGUGGUUUGCGACGCCGUGCAUCACCGCGACUCGGGCUCGCACCGACAGGUCAG